AUGAGGAGACUCAAUCCAACCUCCCAACCCAGUCCAGUCAUGCAAGUACAGGAAGAUGCAGACAACCUUAUCCCUUUUGCCAAGUGUUCUAGGGUGGUCAGCCGAUCUCCACCCCCCGGCUUGCCUUCCCAAAGCCUCAGACUGACGCCCCAGCGCUAUGGAGACACCUUCUGGGAGAGUCUUAGUCAAAGGCCCAGCCCCACCUGGAUGGAGGAACAGUACACCCCACCCCUGCUGAGAGCCACUGGUUGCUCCCAGCCUGGCCAGUAUGGCCCUGAGGGACUCCCACCUCCUGAGGUGCUCUGCAGAAGAAAGAGGAGGAGGCCACAUUCGGGAGGAAUGCAGCAGGGAUCUGGGGGCAUCCCAGCCCGGGUAAGGGCGGUCACUCAUCACUUGGAGGAUCUAAGGAGGCGACAGAGAAUCAUCAAUGAGCUGAAGAAGGCCCAGUGGGGCAGCUCUGGGGCUGCAUCUGGGCCUCUACUGGUUGACAGUGAUGGCUGUGGCUUCCCCAGCACCACAGAACACCCUGAUCGGGAAGAGGAGAGGGCAGACUAUCCACAGGAGGAGGACCACUUCCGCACUUCUGGCAGGGCCCAGCUGCUUUGGUCUCCCUGGAGUCCCUUGGGCCAGGAGGGGUCUUGUCUCUCCAGGCAGCUGGGCUCUAUGGGUCCCUUCAGCACUGUCACAGCCACUAGGAACCCCUUUUACUAUCCCUGGGGGGUGGAACUACAGUCUGAGGAGUAG